GCCCGGCCGGUGAACCGCGAGCCCAGCAGCCUCCGCGGCCCCUUCCAGUGUCCUGCGGCAGCAAGAGGCAUGGAGAACACCGCCCCCGCGGGGCUCUGAUCCCCGCACCGCGCCCGCGCGCACAAGCCCCCUCCCCCUGCUGUCUCCUCUGCCGCGCACCCUGCGCCCCGCCCUCCCCGCCCCAGCCCCACCAUGACCGGCUCUGCAGCCGACACUCACCACUGCCCCCACCCCAAAGGCGCCAAAGGCACCCGGUCCCGGAGCAGCCACGCGCGGCCAGUGAGCCUUGCCACAAGCGGGGGCUCGGAAGAGGAGGACAAAGACGGCGGGGUGCUGUUUCAUGUUAACAAGAGCGGCUUCCCCAUCGACAGCCACACCUGGGAGCGCAUGUGGAUGCACGUGGCCAAAGUGCACCCCAAGGGGGGAGAAAUGGUGGGUGCCAUCAGGAACGCUGCCUUCUUGGCAAAGCCUUCAAUACCCCAGGUUCCAAACUACAGGCUGUCGAUGACGAUCCCAGACUGGCUCCAGGCGAUCCAGAAUUACAUGAAGACACUACAAUACUUAACCAACGGGCAGCCUUCCAUUGAGCGAUUUCCCAUCAGCUUUAAAACCUACUUCUCAGGAAACUACUUUCACCACGUUGUGCUGGGAAUUUAUUGCAAUGGCCGCUAUGGCUCCCUGGGCAUGAGCCGAAGGGCUGAGUUGAUGGACAAGCCACUGACCUUUCGGACUCUGAGUGACCUCAUCUUUGACUUUGAAGACUCCUACAAGAAAUACCUGCACACAGUCAAGAAGGUCAAGAUUGGGCUGUACGUCCCCCAUGAGCCUCAUAGCUUCCAGCCCAUUGAGUGGAAGCAGCUAGUCCUCAAUGUCUCAAAGAUGUUGAGGGCUGACAUAAGGAAGGAGCUGGAGAAGUACGCCAGGGACAUGAGAAUGAAGAUUCUGAAACCUGCAAGUGCCCAGUCUCCUACCCAAGUGAGAAGCCGGGGAAAAUCCCUGUCCCCCCGCAGGAGACAGGCAAGCCCCCCAAGACGGCUCGGCAGACGAGACAAAUCGCCUGCACUGCCUGAAAAGAAGGUGGCUGAUCUCAGCACUCUGAACGAAGUGGGCUAUCAAAUCCGAAUUUAGCUCAGCCAUAAUGGGCAGUAAGAGCUUCUGCGGUGCUUCUCUCUGCACUUUACCCAGCAUCUUCAGGAGGAACUGCAACUAUUUAUUAAGAACGUGUGAAUUUUAUUUUUCAGGAUUCACCUGGAAAUAGAAUCUGAGUGGGUAAUAACAAUUAGACCUUAAAAAAUUUAUAAAGUCACAAACCCCACUGGGGUUGGAUUGCUUCCUCACUCAUGAUUCAAAGGGUUUAACAACCAUAACUGUAGUUUUAUAUUUUCCCAUUUACCUACUUGCUUUUCCUUGCUUUGAACAUUAUGCCUGACCAGUAGUCAAUGUUCAUGAAAUCCUCUCCCUCAUUUUUGGUACAGUAACUCAAUCAGUAUUAAUAAUGUCUUCUUCAGCAAUAACAGAAGCAGAGAAUGGGUGGGUUUUUUAAGCAGUCAGUAUUACCUCAGCAUCUUGACAUCAGAUAUGCAAACUUAACGCUGUUUUGCUUUUUAAUAUACAAUUUGUAUUGUUUCCCCAAUUUUCUCAUGGGGAGCUCCACAAGUCUGGAGUUUUGUUUUGUUUUUCCUGGUGCACACAUGUGAUGAGAUUUAUGGUGUUACAUGCAAGUGUUUUACUAAAAAGCACUGAAAUUUUGCCAAUACGGGAAACUACUUUCAGGAUCUUGGAGUUACUUCUUUCUUAAUCUUUCUUAAAGCAUUCACUGACAAGUUUUUGUCCUUUCAAAAUAAAAUAAAAAAUCAUGUUUAGAAGCUAGUGUAUGUUCUGUCACUAACAUUUACACUUUGCAGAUUCCAGCAUAAAGCACAAGAGGUCGUGCACUGUUACACAGAUUUAGUGGUGUUGUGAUUACCUCCGCCAGUAACACCCUUAAAAAGACAAGAGGCCAAGAGUGAAUCAGUAGAUCGCAAGAAUCAGGUGGUAACCUUUCUGUUCACAUUUCAUCUGAUUUUUAAACUCUGAGCCAGCCUUUGAUUCU